GACAUUAAGGAAACACAUAAGGAAGAAUUUAAAAGGCAAUCAGAAAAAAUGCAUUCAAUUUAUCAUAUCAUGAUAUUAAUUCCUAUUACUAUAAGUAAGGAACUACUUGCUUUACCAGUGACUGUUAGUGAUAGCAUAGUAAACGCAGACUUAAAUGGAAAGGAACUGAUUAAAAUGGGAACUGUGCUGAAUAAACCAUUGCUGGCUCUCCUUGGUGAAACAUUUGUUAAAAUGGAACACAAUAUUAGCAAACAACUGUCAGAAAAGAUAGAUGACGUGAAGAACGAGCAGGAUAAUAUUGGCAUAAAACUAUCAGAAAAGAUAGAUGACGUUGAGAAGAACGUACAGGAUAAAAUCGUUGCGUUAACAAACGAACGGCAAGAACUAAAGACUGAACUUUGCAAACUAAAAAGCUGUACAGAAUGGCCGGAAUGGUCAGCGUGUUCAGCUAAUGUAAAAAGGACAAUUGGUGCUAGUACACGCACGAGAACAUGCGGAGUUAGUUCGAGCAUUUGUCCUUUAAAGGUUGCGAAAAAAGAAGAAACGGAAAGCAGAAUUUGUCAAGGGACAGAGUGCAAGUCAAAUGAAUAUACGAAAACGAAGAACAAAUUCUGCAUUAGACUGAGUAAAACUGUAAAGAAAUCAUGGAAAGAUGCACAAGAAGAAUGUCACCAAGAUGGAGGUCACUUGAUCAAUAUUGACAGCGCGUUGAAAGCAGCAGAUGUUCAUGAAACAUUGCAGAAAAUGUCAUUCACGAGUGACAUUUGGAUAGACGGAACAAGAACGUUACCGAAUGGUGAAUGGAGGUACGGGUAUGGUUCUGAAGAUACCACGUUUUCCAAGUGGCGUAGCGGUGAACCAGGAUCAUCUGAUGACUGCAGAGCGUAUGUUUUAUAUAAUGGGAAAUGGUGGUGGUGGGGACUUUCCUUGGAUUGAUAACUACUAUUUCCUUUGUGAAAUGUUAUGAAUUGUAUUUUGUGAUUGAAAUUUAUUUACAUUGUAAAUAUGGGAAUAAUACGAAUCAAGCAAUUAGCUUUACAUUUGUACGGACAGAAAGAAAGGUAUUAUAGUGGGCAUUGUGGCUUUAGUGCCAUGUUGUAAUUAUCUGUAGAAUUAACACAUAAGUAUACAAUCGAAAAGCUUGUGAUACAAUAAUUGAAGUGUGGGGAUGCUAUUGUACAUGUAGGUUUAAAAGUACAUGUAUAUUGUUCUAUCAAAACUUUUUAAAUUGAUUAAACUGAAGUUGUAAAAUCAGAAGACAUUACUAGGAAAUUGUUGUUUACAUACAAUGCUCGCUUUUGUGAUGGGGUUAUUGGGCAAGUAAAUAGCAAUACAAGGCUAUUUUGUCUUUCUUUUUUCUCUUUCUCUCUCAAAUGAAUAAAUAUUGUUUAAUCCUUUUCUUUCUUUUUGCUGUUAUUUCUUAUUCAAGUAUGAAUUUCCAUUUUCAUUUCAUUUUGAUAUUUUGCCGGGAUUCUGUAAAAAUAUUUGCAUGCAAUAUUUCUGUGUACAUAUCGUAUGUUAACUUUGCUAAAUAUAGAUCCCAUGUUCUCCUUAAGAAAUACUAUCUCAAAACAAACGUAUUAUAAUUGGCGUAAUUAUUUUACCAAAAGAAUGCGUUAAAAUUAAUCAUGGUUGCAUUAAGCCUAAAUGAUUCAAAAAUUAUUUUCGAAAAUUAUUUCGCUCUACUAACC